UAAGCAAUGUAAUUUCGUUUAUCGGGGUUUUUGUAUUGGUGAACGCAGUCGGCAGUUCUACUACCGCACCCUCGACAGUCGGCAGAGAAAGCGAACAUGACUGCCCAAACUCAGGAAGAGAUCCUCGCCUCCCUUCUUCAAGAACAGAAGAUCGAUGAUAAGCCCGAAGAACCUUUAGUUGAAGAUGAUGAUGAAGAUGACGAUGAGGAUGACGAUGAUGAGAAAGAUGAUGAAGCUGAGGCUGGACAACAGGACGGAGAUGCCAGUGCUAGGUCAAGGCAAAGCCGAAGCGAAAAGAAGAGCCGGAAAGCAAUGUUAAAGCUUGGCAUGAAACCUAUUCCAAGUGUUAGCCGGGUUACUGUUAAGAAGAGCAAAAAUAUCUUAUUUGUCAUCUCAAAACCGGAUGUUUUUAAGAGCCCAGCAUCAGAUACUUACAUUAUCUUUGGGGAGGCAAAGAUUGAGGACUUGAGUUCACAACUGCAGACCCAGGCUGCUGAGCAGUUUAAGGCUCCUGAUCUCAGCCACGUUAUCUCCAAACCUGAGUCAUCGGCCAUGGCUCAAGAUGAUGAAGAUGUGGAUGAGACUGGAGUAGAGCCUAAGGAUAUUGAGCUAGUGAUGACUCAAGCAGGCGUAUCUAGGCCAAAGGCUGUGAGGGCACUAAAGGAUGCCGGUGGAGAUAUAGUUUCCGCUAUCAUGGAGCUUACCAACUGAUAAUUAUUUUAGGAUUUUGUUGUGCAAUGAUUUGCUUCCUUACCGGUACGUUAUUUAUAGACGUCCAGAGUAACGUGUGCCUUCAGUCCUGAAUAUUUUUGCUGUUCUUAUUUUUGCGCUUUCUUUGUUUUAAUCUGUUUUAUCACUAGACAGACAAUGCAUCUUCCAGCGAUGAAUCGAGGUCUUCCUUACUUUGUGUCUCAACAUAUUUUGAAGUUCAUCUGCACAUGAAUUAUAUAUCUUGGAGCUUAUUAUGUUGGAAUUCUGACAAA